AUGAAGCAAAAGAAACCAGAGAUCAAUCUUGAUUAUGACGGCUGCAAAGGAGGGCUGAACAACCUAGAUAAGGUAUGAACUACUGCACAUUUGACUGACUGCUCAUAUACUCUUUUUUUCACACUCUGCAAUCACCUGUAUUGUUAUUUACAGAAGUGCAUUUGUUUUUAGUUUUUGUAUUUACACUGACAAAUACAUAUUUUUUCCGUCUUUUCAAGGCUGCGAGCACCUACACGUGCCAGGGUACGACGGUCAGGGGGCCAGUGGCUCAGUUUCAAAACGUCCUUGACAUCUCAGCACUUCAGUACUUCAAUGUUUUGGACAGAAUUCAACCUCACAAAGAACCCAAAAGCAUCCUACAAAAGACAAUGUUUGUAGAGGAGCUGGGCAUGAUACUAGGGAAGUCCCAAAUGAAGCAGUGA